CGCCGGCAGAUGGCAGUAUGAUUGUCAUUAUUGACUGAGGCAGGAGAGCGAGUGAAGGAAUCGUGUACGGAAGUAUUUCCCAACAUUUCUUUUCUUUAAUUAAACCCUCAAGCUUUCCAAAAUGACCAGAACAAGGACCGUAAAGAAAGAGAAAAUAAGUGUGGCGAGUGAGAUUGACCGCGUAGAAGAGCGUAAAUUGCAGUGUAAAAACAGCCUGGAGCGGGCAGAGUUCAGAAAGAGGAAACAGCAGCUCUCAGACGACGACAGGCUGGCUCUGGAAGAUGAGAUGACCAUACUGAAUGAACGAGUAGAGAAAUACGAAAAGGAUCUGCAGGUGCUGAGAGGAGAAAACCGGAGGAACAUGAUGCUGUCCGUCGCUCUGCUAGCCAUCAGCGCUCUUUUCUACUACACAUUUAUAUAUUGAAGAGGUAUUGUCUGUCAUGUCAAACACAAAGUAUGAGGAAACCAAUAUCCCCCUCUGGGUCCACUCAUUAUUCUGCUGUGGGAAACAUUUGUUUAUGCACAGAUUUAUGAAUCUGUCAUUUAAAUCAUGAAUGCAUUAUGCCAUCAUCAUCAUGGCAUGUUGGAUUGUCUGAACACGGCUUUCUGUCUGUGGUCUAUAGCAGAGAUCUUGGUGCUUGCUUGGUGAUCGAGGAAAGACACAGAUUGGGGGUUUUAUUUAUGCGUAUAUGCUGGUCAAAGAUGCAUUAAAUUAAAUAAUAAAAGACAUGUUACAUACAUAAA